UCUCUUUAAAAAUCUCAUAUAAAAAAUCUGUCUUUUGACGUCUACUCGUAGCAGUCAAAUAAAAUUCUCAUUGAUUUACAGCAUCUGGAAAGGAAACGAACAAGUAGUGACUUGUUGGUUUCUGAUUUCUUCUUCAUUUAAUUUUUGUCACAGAUGACACAACCCAACUGUGAAAACUGAUAACAACCUUUCAUCCAAAUUUAAUAUCAAGUACCCAUUUCAAGAAAUUAAAUCCCCAAUCAAAUAGAUUAAACCCUUUUUUCUGUAUUUCUUAAUCCCAUUUCCCAAACAAAAUUUCCAAACUUGUUGGCAAGAAAUAAAAAAAAAAAUGAGAUUUUUAACACCCCUUUUCACCUUAAUCUUUGCCAUAAUCUUUGUUCCUUUGUCUCAUUCUCUUCCUUUCAUUGUACUCCAUGGCAUUGGAGAUAAAUGCUCCAAUCGUGGAAUGAAGCACUUUACUGAAAGCUUAAGUGAGUGGUCAGCAUCAAAAGGAUAUUGUGUUGAAAUUGGUAAUGGAGGCUGGGAUUCCUGGUUUAUGCCUCUUGAUGAACAGGCACAAGUUGUUUGUAAGAAGGUGAAAAAAAUGAAAGAACUCCGUGCUGGUUACAACAUAGUUGGUCUGUCCCAGGGCAACUUGAUUGGACGAGCUGUUGUAGAGUUCUGUGAAGGAGGGCCACCGGUUAAGAACUUCAUCUCAUUAGGGGGUCCUCAUGCUGGCAUUGCUUCAGUUCCUCUUUGUGGUAGCGGUAUUUUCUGUGUUCUUGCUGAUGCACUUAUCAAGGGUGAAGUUUAUUCUGAUUACGUUCAGAAUAAUUUUGCUCCCAGCGGUUACCUUAAAAUCCCGAGUAAUAUGAAUGGCUACUUAGAUAAAUGUAAAUUUCUCCCAAAGCUUAACAAUGAAAUUCCCGAGGAAAGAAACUCAACUUACAAGGAGCGUUUUAGCAGCUUAGAAAAUUUAGUGCUAAUUAUGUUUGAACAUGACACUGUUUUAGUACCCAAAGAAACAUCAUGGUUUGGAUACUAUCCUGAUGGCGCUUUUAGUCCUUUGUUAACUCCUCAAGAGACUAAGCUUUACAUUGAAGAUUGGAUUGGUUUGAGAACCCUUGAUGAAGCCGGUAAAGUUAAGUUCGUUAGCGUGGCUGGAAAUCAUCUCGGAAUCUCAAAAGAGGAUAUGAAGAAGCACAUUGUCCCCUACUUGACAAGUCAAGAUUCGAGGUCAUACAACUAUAAGAUCAAAUACGCGCAUGGAAGGCCAAAGCCCUCAAAUUCGCUAGAAUUUUCCUCAAAGGGUUCAUCCAUAUACAAUCGGCCAUUCGUAGCCAUUUAGUGAUUCUUUCGGGGUGCUCAGGGGAAGUGAUAAGGAUCAGUAAAUGUAUGGGUCUAUGAACUACCACGGCCAUGGAAGGUCUCGUACGAUUCCUAUUCUAUUGUUUGCUUAUUAAUUGUGUAUAGUUAUUCAAAAUCACAGGUAUGGUGGAACUUUUAGACUACAUAAUACUCUGUAUCUGACUAUAAGAUAUUAUACUCCUAAUAGAUAAAUAAUUUUCUUAUGUACAAGCUGAAAAACUUCAUUGUAUUUUUGUGAUAUGUUGUGGGUUCUAUAAAUUUUUUAUAAAAAAAGUUUAGUAAAGUAU